AUGGGGCUUUUAUCAGGCUCCAACGGUCUGCUUUGCUGGUUUCGUAACUGCCCAGGUUAUCUGCUGGCGCCAUUGAAUGAUUUUCUUUUCCUCGUCGGUGAUGACUCGUUUGUCGUCAAGGUUUACCUCGUCACUAGUGUUGAUCUCGUCAGGGAUUGGGUAUCCCUUUUCAUGGUUAAUUCCUCUGAGGUUUGGGUAGCUUGCCUCUCAGUUUCUUUCUUUUUUGCUCGCUUAGGGGCGGCUUUGGGUGUCUUCGGGGACUUUUUUCCUUUGAUUGGGGAUUAUCUCUUUGAAGGUAGUGAGUUGAGUGUGGUUUUAGGAGAGCUAUCUCCGAUUUUGUGUCGGUCAUUGGCUUGGUUUGAGAGAGAGACGAAGAGGAUGUCUGAGGUGAGAUCCAGUGAGUUAGACACUGGGUUGUUGUCUAGCGACGGCCCGGUCGAGGGUGAUACAGCCGUUUCUACCCCUCGUCAGGUUAGGGCUUUUUACGCUCUCAACGAAGAGUGUGGGCUGGACGCUGAUACAGUGGCUAGGUUUAAGGACAAGUUCCAGUUCCCUGCGCGGGUCCAUGUUCGUCGGCCUGGUCCUGAGGAUCGGGCCUGCCAUUUCUUCCUAGGUGAAGUGUGCUUCUACGAGGCUGCUUUCACCUCUGGACUUAGGCUACCUGUCCAUCCUGUGGUGAUGGAGCUAUUGGAUCAUUUUGGCAUUGCCCCCAGGCAACUCAUGCCUAACUCCUGGAGGAUAGUCAUUAAUUGUAUGGAGAUUUGGCUGGCUGCCAACGAGGAUAUGAUCAAAGUGAGUAAGCUCGUCCAUAUCUACCGUUUGAAAGAAUCAAAAGAGUAUGGGUACUACGAACUAGUCCCUUGGACGAGGAGGACUAGAAUCAUUAAGGGUCUAGCCUCGUCAUUCAGGUACUGGAGGUCCUGUUUCAUUUUCGUGUCCGGGGAUGACUUUGAGACCCCUUCCAGCGAGGCUUGGGGUGAUAUCCCAAGGUUACUUCGUCAGUGGGGAACCCCAAAUUUAGUUAAAAAGCGUCCCAAGUUGAAGAGUAAAUACCAGGAACGUCUUCAAAAGGCAAUUGAAUACUCUAAGUUGAUUGAGAAUUGGGACGAUCUCCUUGACCCACGGACACUUGCUUUCUACUGCUUGGGUCCGGAUCCAUCUCCCUACGUUUUGCGCAGCAUUAGCAUUGAGGAGAAGAAGAAGAUGAUGACCAAGUUCAAUAAGGAUAUGUACGCCAAGAUGAGGGCUAAGAAAGACGAACCCUUGGCUAGUAUCGGCAAGAAAGUGGUUGGUGUGACGGGGAAGGGUCCUUCAGUCGUCCCUUUCGUGGAUGCUACCCCAAUCGUCUCGGGAGUAGAGGGUACCCGGGUGGCUUCGCUUGCUACCUCCGUCGAGGAGAUCCCUACCCCGUCAUCCAAGAGGCUAAGGUUGUCAGCCAAAGACAAAGAGAAGGAAAGAGCCGGCUCGUCUGUCUUUGAUGACGAAGGUGUGGCUGUGGAGCGGGCACAUAAUGUUGUGAAAGAUGAGGACCUUAAGGGCUUUUCUGGGGUGCCUGUCAACGUGGUCGCGAGUCAGCACGUCCACAAGAUUGUGCAGGUGUUGGGGGAGAGCCUUCACCUGGCUUUUGAGUGUCUUACUCAAAAGGCUAAGGUGGCUUCUUUGACUUCUAGGAUGGAGGCUCUGGAAAAGGAGAACUCAACUCUAAAAAAGGACCUCAUACAGUCGAUGGACGAGUCUGCCACCUUGAAGGAGAAAGUCAAGGCCCUAAAUUCUGACUUAAAGGUUGAGCGUCAGUUGAAUCUGGAGAAGGACGACCAGCUUCAGGCGGCCAAAGAGAAGUUGAAGACAAUCGCUGCCGGUCCGUCGAGGCCUUUCAGCAGACUGAGGAGUAUUCUACAGUACUCUUCAGUUGGUAUUUCAAGGGAUUUGAACUCCUCCGCCGGUACCUCGUCAAGUACCCUAUAGGGGUUGAUCUGCCAAAUCUGGAUUUAGAAGUGGUAGAUCAAGUGAUGGUUGCUGACGAGGCUGCCCAGUCUUCUGUUCCUGACAGUGAUGCCCCUGCUACUGACGACACUCCUAUUGCUGAGAACGUUCCUGCUGCUGACGAUCCUGUUACUGACGCUCCAGACCCCCGAACCUAAUACUUGGAAGAUUUUAUC